AUGGGUGGCCCUGACUCGCAGAGAAACCCCCGCGUUACAUUUCAAAAGAGAUGCAGGACCCUCAAGGAGAAAGCUCACCAGCUUUCGGAAAUUUGUGGCGCAGAAGUUUACCUGCUUAUCGUUCACGACCGAGAGAAUUAUGUCUACAAUUCCUCCUACAACCCCUCAUGGCCACCUAGGGAUGAAUUACUCGAGACGCUUUACACUGAGCCAAGGCUAAUCCGCAAAACUUUCGAUGACAUGAAAGGCAUAUGUAUCCCACCUCGCGAACCUCAAAGGCUCAAGGAGUAUUUUGCCGCAAGGCAUGAGCUAUAUGCUACUCUUGAGGAUCUCCAUAAAGCGGUGGAAUUAAGGUAUCUCGACAUUCAGGAUGAGACAAAUAGCAGCAACGAGACAGAAAUCUAA